AUGGCUUUGCCAAGGCAUUUUGUAGUGCUAAUUCUUCAAUUGAUUCUUGUCCCUCUUGCAUUUAACUUUUCUAAUGCACAAGGUUUGAAACAUGGCUUCUACAGAAAGACAUGUCCUAAAGUUGAGGCAAUUGUGAGAAUGUCAACUGCUGAAUACAUUUCUAAGGCACCAACUCUAGCUUCUCCUUUGCUUAGGAUGCACUUCCAUGAUUGCUUUGUUAGGGGAUGUGAUGGUUCUGUACUGCUAAACUCAACCAAAAAUAAUCAAGCAGAGAGAGAUGCCCUACCAAACCAAUCUCUCAGAGGAUUCCAAGUGAUUAAUGGUGUUAAAUCUGCACUAGAAGAUAAUUGUCCUGGUGUGGUCUCUUGUGCAGAUAUCCUAGCCUUAGUAGCUAGGGAUGUUGUUUCUAUGGUUAAAGGACCAUAUUGGAAAGUACCCUUGGGAAGAAGAGAUGGGAGAGUGUCAAGCAUUGAUGAAGCCUUGAACCUUUUACCACCACCUUUUGCAAACAUCUCUUCCCUUAAACAACAGUUUGCCUCUCUUGGUUUGAAUGCAAAAGACCUUGUGGUUCUAUCAGGUGGACAUACCAUUGGAACUUCUCAUUGUUCCGCCUUCACAAAUAGAAUGUACAAUUUCACUGGCAAAGGUGACACUGAUCCAACAAUGGACCCAAAUUACAUAGCCCGUUUGAAACUCAGAUGUAGCCCAACUGAUGUGACAACACUUGUAGAAAUGGAUCCUGGAAGUUUUAGGACAUUUGAUGAAAAAUAUUACACCCUUGUGGCCAAAAGAAGAGGGCUUUUCCAAUCUGAUGCUGCACUUCUUGAUGACAUUGAGACUAAAGCUUAUGUUAAACGUCAAGCACUUACACAUGGCUCUACAUUUUUUAAAGAUUUUGGUAAAUCCAUGAUAAAAAUGGGCAAGAUUGGAGUCUUAACUGGAAAUGCUGGUGAAAUCAGAAAACGUUGUGAUUUUAUUAAUUAAUUAGUCAGCAUGAUAGUUUUUUUUUUUUUUUUUUGUACUGUUGUAUCUUGUGUAA